AUGCUAUUUUAUUCUAAAUAAUUAAUAAUCCUUAAAGUUGAGUUCUUGGUUUCAUAGGAUUUCACUGAUCCUACUUAAAGCUCAGCUACUGGCUGGUCCUAAAAUACAAUUGCUACAUGUAAUACAUAGUCUGAUUUCAUUGAUUGGGCUGGAAAUCAAAAUUUAAAUGGUAUACUUUAAGAAAAUUCAUAGUAAAAAACUUAUUCCUCUCUUCCACCUCAUUGGAGCCUUUCUUUAAGAUUUGAUCUUUUGUUAUAUGGUGAUGUUGAUUAAACCAAAGGAGAUUAAAUUUAAAUUUUUAUUGACGGAAAUCUAUAAGAUACUUAUACAAAAAAUAAUAAAGGAGAUGGCAUUGUAAUUUGCUAUAAGAUUGUGUUUUUCAUUUAGUGCGUUGACGAGCUUAUCUUAUAUCAUAAAAAUAUUACUCAUAGUUCAUCAUCUGUUAUUAUUCAAAUCUUACCAUAAUCUCCAUCUGGUAAACUAAAUAAAGGAUUUGGUUUUAAAAAUUAUUACUUAUAUGUUGACACUUGCGAUUAUAGUUGUGCCACUUGCAAUGGUCCUACUAGUAAUUAAUGUUUAACCUGUCCAGCUAAUUCAUUAAAAAGUGGUAGCUCUUGUACUUGUGUCAGCGGGUACAUUUAACAUAAGUAUGUUUGUGUUACAAGCUGUCCAGCAGGUUUUACUAAAAGUUAAACAGAAAAUAAAUGCAUUUCAGAUUUUUCAAUUAAUUGCUUAACUUAUAAUUCGUCAACUCAACUUUGUUCAUAAUGUAAACCAGGCUAUUAUAUAUAUUAAGGUUAAUGUGUAAAUGUUUGUCCAUAAACUUCCUCACUAAAUUCAGGCACUUGUGUAGAUUUUUCAACUACAUUGAUAAAUGGAUAAUAUCUGCUAAAUGGUUUAUUUAAUUAAUACUUUGGAUAAAGUGAAAUUACAGGUUUGGGGCUUUCUGUGAGUAACUUUAAAGGAUUCAUGUCUAGCUUUGGCUAAAGUGGAGCUUUAACUACGAAUUGUGGUUCUAAUCAUUUAUUAGGAGGAUUUUGGCUUUCUGGGUCAGGUUCCAGCAUUAGUAGGUCUUGGACAGGAUUAAUAGGCUUUACAGUAUGGAAAAUUGAUCAAUGGAAUAAUGAAAAUUUUUUUGUCUCUGUUGAUGGAUAAAAUAAAAAAACUAUUUAAUUUUCAGUAGGUAGUGGUAAUAAUAACAUUUGCGGUUUUGGAACUAAUAAUAAUGAUCAAAAUUUAUAAUAAAUUGUUAAUAUUACUCAUACUUCAAGCAGCUUUAAUUUAAAAUUUUAUACUGAUUUGGUUUCAGAUGUGAAGACAGAGUCUUUUGGUAUUAGCAACCUUUAUGUACUUGUUGACUUUUGUUCUUCUAAUUGUCUUAUUUGUAGCGCUUAAGGUUGUUUGACUUGCCAAGCCUCAUAUUUCUUAUAUAAAUCAGCAUGUGUUUAAACUUGUCCAACUAAUACUUAUUUAAGUAAUUCAACAACAUGCACAGACUGUAACAGUAACUGUAAAACAUGUAGCAACUCAGCAACAUUUUGUACUUCAUGUAACUCUCCUAACUAUUUAAUUUAAUUAAAUGGUAGUUGUGUAUCUAGUUGUCCUUAAGCCUAAUGGCCAAGAGUUAGUGAUGGAACUUGCUAAUAGUGUGAUUAAUCUUGUUAUACAUGUACGAGUCCAGGAAAUUAAACUUCUUGUACUAGUUGUAGCGGAACUAAUUAUCUUUAUAAUAAAUAAUGUAUUUCUAUUUGUCCAAGUGGUACUUAUGCUAAUACAGCUACAAAUAAUAAUCAAUGUUUACCAUGUAAUUCUAAUUGCUCUACAUGCAAUGGACCAAAUUCGAAUAAUUGUACAAGUUGUCCUUUGUCUUUUUAUUUGUAAUCUUCGACUUCGACAUGCGUUUCAAGCUGCAACUCUAACUAAUAUGCAGAUAAUAGCUUAUCAAAGUGUAUUAAUUGUAAUUUAACAUGCACCACAUGCUCAGGAAGUUCAAAUAAUUGUUAAAGCUGUUCAGGGUUUUUAUUUUUAAGCACUUCAGGAAACACUUGCACAAUCAAUUGUUUAAGUAGUGAAUUUAAAAAUACAGCGAAUAAUAAAUGUGAACCUUGUCAUCCAUCAUGUAAUACUUGUUCAGGAUCUAGCAGCAGCAAUUGUUUAUCUUGUUAAGGAUCUUUGUAUUUUAAUUCUGUAACUAAAACUUGUUAAUCGACAUGUCCUGAUGGUACUUAUCCAAAUUCUAAUGGUAAUGUUUGUUCUUAAUGUGACACAACAUGCCUUACUUGUAACGGUGGAACAAGCUCUAAUUGCUUAUCUUGCACUUUUCCAUCAAGAUAUUUUUAGCCACUUACAUCUCAAUGUGUUACUUAAUGCAACACUAACUAGUAUGCAAAAAGUACAUCACCACCAACUUGUUAAAAUUGUGAUCCUACAUGUAAAACUUGCUCUGGUACAGCUCCUAACAACUGUUUAAGCUGUUCAGGAAAUUUUUAUUUAAGUACUUCAGGAAAUAUAUGCACAACAUAAUGUUAGAACCACGAGUUUUAAAAUUCAGCUAAUAAUAAAUGUACAACUUGCGAUUCAAGUUGUUUUACUUGCUCUGGAAGCUAGCCAAACAACUGUCUCUCAUGCUAAAGUCCUAGUUUUUUCUAACCUUCAUCUAAAACAUGUGUUUUGCAGUGCAAUACAAAUCAAUAUAGCUUAAUCAGCCCAACCCCAGUGUGUUUAGAUUGUGAUCCAAGCUGUGCAACAUGUUCUGGACCUACUUAAACAAAUUGUUUAUCAUGCCAUGGAUCGAAUUUCUUAGAUUCUACCACAAAAUCAUGCGUGACAACUUGUCCAAACGGCACUUAUUUAAAUGCAAGUAUUAAUCAAUGUACACCUUGCGAUCCAACCUGUACUACAUGUAAUGGUCCAAGUAACACCUAGUGCAUGUCUUGUACUCUACCAAAAUACUAUCAAUAAACAUCAGGAUAAUGUGUAAUUACAUGUAAUAUAAAUUAGUACCAAGACAGUUCAUCAGCAACAUGUAUUAAUUGCAACUCAAGCUGUGCAAGCUGUUCUGGAGGAGGUUAAAAUAACUGCUUGAGUUGUAGUGGUUCUCUUUUUUUAGAUUUAAAUACAAAUACAUGUGUUUCAAAUUGUCCACUCUCUUAUUAUUAAAACUCAUUAAAUAAUCAAUGCUCAAAAUGUAAUAGUUCAUGCUCAACAUGCAAUGGAGGGUAAAUAAAUAAUUGUUUGUCUUGUAAUCUCCCUCUUUUAUUUGAUUUAGCCUCAAAUACUUGUACUAGUUCUUGCUCAAAUGGAUAAUAUAUGGAUCUUUUAUUGGGAACUUGCUAGGCUUGCGAUUAAACUUGUACUACCUGUACAAACGGAGGGGUAUAAGGGUGUUCUUCAUGUGCUUUACCUUUGUAUUAUGAAGUAUCAAGUAGCUCUUGUGUUUAGAGUUGCUAAUCUAACCAGUAUUAAGAUAAUUCAACUGCUACUUGCAGUUCUUGUGAUAGUAGUUGUGCGUCAUGCUCUGGUCCUAGUAAAAAUGAGUGCUUAUCAUGUAGUGGAUCGCUUUACUUUGAUGGAAAUACAAAGUAGUGUGUAAGUACCUGUCCUGAUUCAUACUUUGCUGAUUUAAGUAGUAAUACUUGCAAACAGUGUGAUCCAAGUUGUAAAACAUGUAACGGUAGUUUAAGCACAAACUGUGAAUCAUGUACACUUCCUUUAUAUUAUAAUUCAAUUAAUAAAAAAUGUGUUGCCAACUGUGAUUAAAACUAGUAUAAAGAUAGCACAACAGUUUAGUGUCUUGACUGUGAUUCUUCUUGCUAAUCAUGCUCUGGACCACAAAAUACAUAAUGCCUUUCAUGCUCUUAGAGCCUUUAUUUAGAUUAAAAUAUGUGCAAAAGCAACUGUCAAGAUGGAUAUUAUUAAAAUACUUAGAAUAAUACAUGCUCAAAAUGUGAUGCAAGUUGUUCAACUUGUUCAGGAAGCUCUCCAACAAAUUGCUUAAAAUGUGCAUUACCUCGGUACUUCUAAUAAGCAACAAAUACUUGUGAAGAAAACUGUUAACAAAAUCAAUUUCUAGAUAAUACUGAUGCGACUUGCGAACCAUGCCAUUUUUCUUGCUCAUCUUGCAGCGGCCCAACAAAUAAUUAAUGCUAAUCAUGCUCAGGAUCAAUGUUUUUAUAUCAAAAUCAAUGUGCUAGCACAUGUCCUGAUGGUUAUUUUUAAGAUAUACAGAAUAAUAAAUGCUCUUUAUGUAAUUCUUCUUGCAAAACAUGCAAUUCUGUUAAUUUUUGUUUAAGUUGCUAACCACCGUUAAUUAAUUAUAAAAAUUAUUGUAUCUAAACUUGUCCUUCAGGGUUUUACACUGAUACGUCUACAAAUUAAUGCUAACCCUGUUAUAGUUCAUGCUAAAGUUGCAGUGGCCCAUCAGCUAAUGAGUGUUUAGAGUGUUCAUCAGGCACAUAUUUCAAAGAAUAAGCUUGUGUAGAUAAAUGUGGAGAUGGUUAUUUUAUAAAUUAAGACAAAUGUUCCAAAUGUCACCCUUCAUGUAAAAAUUGCUAAGGAGAUAAUAUAGAUUAAUGCACUGAAUGUCAAAAUUUAUUGAUUAAAUAUAAUUCAAAGUGCUUAAGUGAUUGUCCUUAAGGGACCUAUUUGAUGCAAAAUACUUAAAAGUAAUGCCUUUCUUGCAAUAAUUCUUGUUUAUCUAAUUGCAGUGGGCCAUCAGAAAGUGAUUGUACUAGCCUUAGGCCUAAAAAAUAAAUUAUUGUUUACAUUUUAUUUGCAAAAACACUUAUAUGGAUAAUAUCUUCUAUAAUUGGUAUAAUCCAAGAUUAAAAAAACAAAAAAGCUUAAAAUUUAACAGUAGUACCAUCAAACUUAAUAGAAAAAUAAUUAAAUUUUGAAAGAAAUGACUCACCAGUAAGAAAAAAAUUGAAAAAAGUUCCCUAUGAUGGAUAGAAUCAAUUAGAAGCACUGAAAGAUUCAGAUACAGAUAAAAUAAAAUAAUAAGGCAUGAAUGAAAAGGAAUAACUUCCUACAUUCAACUAAAAUGAAAGAUUUCCAGUUUAAUUCGAUAAUUAAUUUGAUUUGUAAGCAGAAAGUAAUCACGUAAAUGCAAAGUCAGAAGUAAAUUAAUAAAAUUAAGAAGAAUAUAGUCCAAAAGGCUACAAUAGAAGAAGGCCAAGAAAAACUUAAUUUAUUUUAAAGGCAAAUAUAAUUAAAUCAUCUUAACUCAGCAUGAAUGCUCUUUCAUCAUAAGUUAAUAUUAUAGAAUCAUCUCCUAUUACAAGUAAAAGAUAAUUGCAAGAUCAAUCAGAAGUUGCAUCUACUGUCGCACCAUAUAAUUAAUUUGCUAAUAAAGCAGAUAAAUUGCCAAUCUCAAAAUAUCAACCUAAUUAGAAACUAAAAUACUCAAUAGUAAAUUUUUUUAACAAAUUUUGA